CUUUGCUGACGUGUAGGACUGCCGGAGUGAGUCGCUCAAUCUUUUUAUCAUUAAAGAGCUUAAACCGGCCGUUGUGAAUUUAAAAGAUGAGUGUGGAGGUGGAGAGAAAAUUUGUAUGUCAUCCUGACAUUCUGAAAACCCUGGAGGGUAUUGGAGUGUGCAAUGUUCAGCGUCAGUUUCACGACAGAUACUUUGAUACUCCUAAUUUCGACCUAACCUUGAAUGACAUGUGGCUGCGUAAGCGUGAAGGAUGCUGGGAGCUCAAGUGUCCAACAACAAUGGGAAGCAGGCCAGAAGACACCAGCAGACAACAGCCUAAGGAGGCAGCCCUAUGUACCCGCUAUAAAGAGAUAAAUGAUUUGCUUGAAAUACAGCAGAAAUUGAGAGAAGUACUAAAAGAAAGUCUUACAUGUGGGCAGUCUGCAUGUCAGCUGCCAGAAAAAGUAAUAGAAGAAAGAAAGAGUAUGACAGAGGUUGGCUGUCAAAAUAAAGGGGAGCCAAAUAUUAACAAAUAUGGACCUGAAACCGCAGAAAGAGACUCUUCAGAUGAGGAUGAUGCUUGGCUGAGUAAGCUGAAUCUGGUAUGCUUUGCAGAGUUUACAACAGUAAGGCAUUCAUUCAUUGUCGAGGAGGGAGUGCAGAUAGAUCUUGACCAGGCUGACUUUGGCUACUAUGUAGGUGAGAUAGAGGUCAUGGUGCAUGAAGGGGAAGAUGUGUCAUCUGCCCUGGAGAAGAUUGGAAAAGUAGCUGCAAAGCUGGGUCUGACCGGGGAUCAACGAGUUCAAGGAAAAAUGGACGUUUACCUCCAAAGAUACUGCCCAGAGCACUACACGAAACUUCGAAGUGCACAUGUUUUGUAAGACAUAAUGUAAUGGAGGAAAUGUUGACAUACAUAUUUAUAUCUGUAAAUUUUGGGAUGUUUUUUUUGGUCUUACUUAAAUGCAUUUAAAUGAAGUAAAUAGGAAGGACAAUGAAAUCUCAUCUUUGUGUUUUUCAGUGAAAAUGUGUCAAAGUGGAGACGCUUGGUAUUGAACACUGUCUUAAUGCAAAAGGAAAGUUUGCUUUAAGUGGCCUCAAUCAUACACUAUGACGUUCAUCUACAUAGUGGCUACACAUUUCUAGGUUUUUCCCAAAAGCUUUCAUCUUUGAUAACUGUUCAGGAAAUCAUCGUUAUCGAUACAGAUUUCAGGCUGCACCAGAAUAUCAAACUAAAUUAUAUUUAUAACACUAAAAUUAUCACAGUUCCAAUGAACUAGUUCUCAGAUUUAAUUGUGAGAAUGUUUAAUAAGCUCCAGUUGUGAGGAAGACAAUAAAACAAAAACAAUAAAACGUUUUGGGGUUUUUUUUUUUGCUCCUGUGGCUCAAGUAACAUUUUAGGAAAAUAAGACUCUUUUGAGGCUUAAAGAGUUUCA